AUGAAUGAAUUUAUGUAAUUAGCGUAAAGCUGUUGAACAAAAUUACAAAAUUUGUGGUUAAUUAAAAUUUAAAAUAAGCCUAGAAGUGAUGAAAGUAAAUAAUCUAUCUUUUCCUUCUCAACUGACCUUGCGUUGAUCAGGCUUCAUCAAGUUUCUAUUGCUCAUCAUUUUACUUUUAUUUGUCUCUCUCUUUGAUCAUUUGAUAACAAUUUAAAUGAUCAUCUAUUAUCUAUAAUUAUUUUAUUAUUGUGUUCACGAAAAUUAAGAAUUGAUUACAUUGUAAAAUAUCUUGAUUUAACAGCGUUUCGUUUGAAAAACACCAGUCAACAAUCUGUGAAACAGUGAUUGUGUUUUUAGAUAAAGCUAUUUUUUCACCAUGGGACAGGAUUACAUGGAUGUAGUUGAUGGUAAUUGUAGUUUAGAUGAUGUGGCUUCAGAUGAUUUACCGAACGCUUUAAUUGUCACAAGUCUGGACAUCAGUAUAUUUAAUUCAACCGAAGACAAGGAACAAUUUGAAGCUAUAUUCAAGGAAAUAGAUGAUUCAGUAACAUUUCAAUACUUCAAAAGCUUUAAACGAGCCAGAGUAAAUUUUUCAAGUCCAUUAACAGCUGCUAAAGCAAGGAUCGAGUGUCAUCAACGAAAAUUUGGUAACUCUGUGAUCAACUGUUACUUCGCUCAAAUAAUUGAGACAAGUGAAAACACAUCGAGUUACAAUCGUCUACAACCUCCAGCACCAAGUCGUCAAUUCUUAAUAUCUCCACCUGCAUCGCCUCCAGUUGGCUGGGAACCUCGAGAAGAAGCGGAACCACUCAUCAAUUACGAUUUAAUAACCGCAAUAACUAAUUUAACACCUGGAGAGAUACAUGAGAUUCACCCACCCAGUAGAGAGUUACCCUCUAUUGUGGUCCAUGUUUGUGCAGAUACAGAUGAGGGUAACUUGUCAAAUGAAGGCUCACCAGGAAAACCAAGAAUGAGAAUCCAACAAACUCGACGGCCACCGGCUAGAUCAUCAUCUGAAGGAUCUGAAGAUUCAUGUGACUCCUUGUCAUUGACCCAGUGAUCUUGGCUAACUUUGUCUCAAAAGAAGAAACCAAUUUAAAUGUGAAAGGGUAUCAUUUGGUAAUGUUUGGAAUUGAGAAGACUCUUGAUGUUUUGAAAGUUUCCUCUUUGUGAUUCCAUUGACAUUUACACUCACAAAAAAUAUCCACAUGAUAACGACCAUUCAAUGUAAACCACAAUUUAUCGUGAUUAGUACGUAUUAUACAUAUAAAUCUUCGUAAAUAGUCGUUAUUAACGAUAGAGAAUGGACAUUCUGUCUUCACCUUUCUCUGUAUAAAACUCGUUUCCCGAUUUUUGUUUAAUUUUAUUGCAUCUAUCGUUGUCCUGUUCAUUCUAUUAGAAUUUCUAAACAUGUGCUUUUCUAGCAAGCUUGCUGAAUUCCAUUCUGAAAAGUCAAAGUCAAAUGAAAACCUUUGUGAACUUGUCGCAAAAAUACAAUGUCCUAAUAGAAAUAGACCAAACAAAUCUAAUACAGAGCUCACUUCUUGUAUCCAUUUUCAGCUAUUAUACCCAGCUUUAAUAAAUGGUAAUACCUCUCUGAUAGUACUUAAGUAAAACCAUAAAGAUGUUAUCAAACACUUUUUAUUGUAAAUUUGAAGAUAUAAACGUCGUUAUGAAUUAAUUUGUUAUUGUAAGACUAAUUGUCAAUCACUGUGUACUUGUUUAAUUUGAAUCUGCAAUAUUAAAUUAUAGAUGAAAAA